AAAUGAAAAAGUGUGUUCUCCCGGAAGAGGCGCUGCGGCAUGAUUUUGCUGUUUUGCGCUUCACGUUACUUUCGAUUUCGGUAUUUCUUGAUUUUCAAAGGAGUUUCCUCUCUUAGCAAAGUUGGCCAACUUUAAAUACGUGGAUUCUUAAACGACCAUGAGUUACGACCGCGCUAUCACUGUCUUUUCGCCGGACGGUCACUUGUUCCAGGUGGAAUAUGCCCAGGAAGCUGUCAAAAAGGGUUCAACAUCUGUUGGAGCAAGAGGCAAAAAUAUCGUUGUGCUGGGUGUAGAGAAGAAAUCUGUGGCCAAACUCCAAGAUGACAGGACCGUUCGCAAGAUCUGCGCGCUUGAUGAUCAUGUGUUCAUGGCCUUUGCAGGUCUGACAGCAGAUGCCCGAAUUGUAAUUAACAGAGCAAGAGUGGAGUGUCAGAGUCAUAGAUUGACUGUAGAAGAUCCUGUCACCGUUGAAUACGUCACCCGCUACAUUUCCAGCAUGAAACAGCGGUACACUCAGAGCAAUGGCCGCAGACCAUUUGGAAUUUCUUCUCUCAUUGUGGGCUUUGACUUUGACGGAUCACCAAGGCUUUACCAGACGGACCCCUCAGGAACAUAUCAUGCUUGGAAGGCAAAUGCCAUUGGGAGAUCAGCUAAAACUGUGCGGGAGUUCCUGGAGAAGAACUACAAAGAAGAGGAAAUGGAGUCAGACACAGCCACCAUAAAGCUGGUCAUCAAAGCUCUGCUUGAGGUGGUUCAGUCUGGAAGCAAGAACAUUGAGCUGGCCAUUAUGAAACGCAAUGAGCCUUUGAAGAUUUUGGAUCAAGAAGAAAUUGAAAACUAUGUCUCAGACAUUGAGAAGGAAAAGGAAGAAGCUGAAAAGCAGAAGAAGAAAACCUAGAACCGCUUUUUGGUGCUGUGACCAGAUUUCUUUCCAAAUUAAUGUGCCUCUAAUUUCCAAUAAAUGGUUUGUUUACAAGUA